CCAUUGCAUUGUACGAGGAGGUUUGUUGGCAUUGUUGUAUUCAGGGAAUCUGUAUUCAUUUAAUAACUAUAAAUUCGGAUUGUGUGGAUUGUACAUGAAGUGCCAUUUUGUUGAUUUUCCAUUUGUAGGUGUGCAAAAGUAAAAGGGGCUAGUUUGCUACUACUUUUUUUGUCAAAAGUGUCAUGGACAGAUUUAAAGACAUGUGAUAUACCUUCAGAUAUUGUAUUUUUUGUAUUUUACCUUGUUUAUUAACUAUUUUGUCCUAGCCAUUUAAAUAAAAAAGUGUGGCAACUUCAUUUAAGAGCGUGAUUGUGAACAGAUCUGAUAACUACGGAAGCCGAACGCGACAUUCUCGUUCACGUACGGGUUCUUGUUCAUGAUAUCGCGAGUUUCUCGUUCAUGUACGUGUUCACGUUUAAAAUGUUUUGGGGCGUGGUUGAGAUGCAUUUUAUGCACCAACCACGCCCAGUCAAACUAUAGUGAUUAUAGCGCUAGAUUGGCGAUGGAAAAAGCUAGGGAAAAAGAGCUGCUAAAAAGAUUGAUUUGCCAAUGUCAUAUAACUGGCUGUACUAAUAAAGAAAUUCAAUCUCUUCUGCGUCCAUUAAAGUUCAUUCAUAUUAGAUAUAUCCAAAGAACAUUAAAAGAAGCUGGGUAUAGUACUCUGCAAAGAAGAGAUUCUAUUGAAAAAGUCAAAAUUGCAAUUAAUAUAGAACUUCAUGGAUCAGGAUGCCUAUUAGGAUAUAGAAGUAUGUGGCACAGAUUGAAGAAGAAAUAUAAUCUCUCUGUUACAAGAGAUGUAGUGAUGAUGCUCUUAGCAACAAUGGAUGCUGCCGGUACAACUCAAAGGAAAUCAAGAAGGUUGAAUCGUAGGAUUUACCUUAAUAAAGGUCCUAACUAUUUAUGGCAUAUGGAUGGCUAUGACAAAUUAAAACCAUAUGGUAUAGCUAUUCAUGGAUGCAUUGAUGGUUAUUCUCGUAAGAUUUUGUGGCUCAAAGCAGGCUCAUCGAACAAUGAUCCCCACAUUAUUGCACACCACUAUGUAGAAUGUGUCAGAUGUAAUGGUUGCCCUAGUAUUCUUAGAUCUGAUUUAGGUACUGAAAAUUCAUUAGUUUCUGUUAUGCAGCCAAUCUUAAGACAUUAUCAUACUGAUAGUCUUGCUGGACCUAAAAGCUUCUUAUAUGGUCGCUCAGUAAAUAAUCAAAGAAUAGAAUCACUGUGGUGCCAAUUACGAAAGCAGCAUGCAGAUUGGUGGAUCAAUUUUUUAAGAGUUUGGUAUCAAAUGGUUAUUUUCAUAUUCAUCUAUCAUACCACCUUGACAUUGCCAGAUAUUGCUUCAGUCGCAUUAUUCAGGAUGAACUAAAUCAGUUUUCAAAGGAAUGGAACAGUCACAGAAUUAGACCUAGCAAGCAUGCUGAUGCUCCAGCAGGUAUUCCUGAUGUCAUGUAUUCAUUUCCUUCGUUAACUGAAACCAGUGACUAUACAUCACGAGUAGACAGCAGAAUUUUAAACAUACUAAAGGAUGAAUUUUACUGUAAAGACAGUAACUACGUAUCUAAUAAUUUUGAAAGACUAGCAGAGUUAAUAAGAAGAUCCUAUGGAUUGCCACCACCUCUAACUCUCCCAUCUGCUAUCAAUAUUUUUAAACUGUUAUUACAAAUUUUUGAUGAAUAAAUGAUUAGAAAACAAAAGAAGCAAGUAGCUAGAUCAGAAUUCGAUUAAUAUGUGAUAAUUAUGAUUGUCACAAAGUACCUGUCAAACUUAUCAAAAAAAUUAUUGAUUAUGAACCAUGUGCGGAAAGAGGUCUUCAUUAAUUGAAAGAAAGAUGCCACCAGUACAUUCAGGACACAAGGUUUGAGGCUCUUUGUAGAAAACAACAUUGCCA